AUGGUUAAAGUAAAAGAGAAAGAUUUGAUUCUUCAUGGAGACGUCGAACAACAUGGUCAGAUAACACAGGGUGAAUGGUACUUAAGAAGUCAUAGAAGAGAAGUUUACGAUGACUCGUUAAACCAGGACGAAAACAUACGGAAAGAAUUUAAAGAAGUAAUCAGCUCCCUGAGUGCUGGAGCAGUCGCUGGAGCUGUUGCAAAGACGACAAUCGCGCCUUUGGAUCGAACGAAGAUCAUCUUUCAAAGUAAGUUAGAGAGAUGACUCACUUGUUCGAGCAUGAGAACCAAUCAGCGAUUAUUGACUUAUUAAAACUAUAAAGCUUUUGGUUAUUACUAUUAAGGCUUUUCCCUGCAUUAUUUACUUUGAAGCCCAUACAUUUUUCAUUUUUUUUCGGUUGUAUAUACUUUCUAUUCAUGAGAAAAAUUUGAAAGGUGUAUAACAACUGAUAACAAAUAUAUAUAUUAGCACGUCUUAGGUUUAGAGUUGUUGUACACGUGCAUGUUGGGACCAGUGUGUAUGCUUGUUACGCCUGGACCAAAAACGGAUAGGAGUUGACAAAAAUUAAAAAAAAACAAAGCUUGAGCAUAUGGAAGUGAGUGAGAUUAAAUAACGACUUUUGAAGUUCUGUUUUCCCCAAACAUCCUAAUGAAAUCUCAAAUGAAGAAUCAGUCUCUAAGCUAGAGUGUGAUCUUGAUUGAGUGUCGGAGAUUGAUUUUAAACUCUCACCGGCUUUUGUUGUUAUUUGGGUCAUACUUAAAGGGUUUGCUAGUGCCUUGUGGAAGCUACAGCCAUUUUCGAAAAUUUCUGUCACUACUCAGAAAAAAUAGUAAUAUUUGUGGAGGAAUAAAUCAUUAUAUUUUGUCUUAUUUGUUUUUCAACUCUUAAUAUUGUUCAGUACAAUGUCAAAUGACCCCUAGCUUUCUCCUCACCUCCAUGUUAAAUCCACUGAUGCCUGCAAUUAUUGUGACAGUUAUUUUCUUCUUUUCUAGCCUCCAACAGACAGUUCUCAGUAAAGGUAAGCCAGUAAGAAAUAUGAAAGCAACACAAAUGCAGAGAUGCCAACAACUAACCCCCCCCCCCCCCCUCGACCCUGACCCCCCAAUAAGCACAGUUAGAGCCAGUCUCUAAUUUAUCACAUGGGAAUGGCUUAGGACAUUACAUGAAGUCUUACGUGAGGUACAGACCAUCCAAAUUCCCUAUUAUUAUGGUAAUGGUAAAUAAUCAUUGUCAGUGAUGAAAUACAUGUACAUGCAAAAAUGCCCUAGUAACCAAACUAUGAAUAAAAAAUUUGAAUUUUGGGAGAAAAUGGGAUAAAUUCCAAAUUAAAGCACAGAAAAGCUAAUAAAUCAAUUUUAUGUGGGAGAUUUGGUGUCCUGUACAGGAGACUGGACGAUUAAUGCUGUUUCCAGGAGACUCCCAUAUAAUCCGGGAGAGUUGGCAUAUAUGCAAAUGUGAGAGUGAAUUUUACAUCAUUAAGUUUUGAGGGUAUCAGAUCCUCUUGACAAAAUAAUAAACAGCUACUUUUGUCUGCCAUAGUAUGGUAAUGUGAUUUGUGUUUCUUCUUCAAAAGUUGAUGAAUGUUGUACUUGAUAGCUUCACAGAAGUUAAUCUUGCUAGAAAUAAAAAUUACAUGUUUAUUACUAGGGUAUCUAAAAGACAGUAAUGCUGCGGCACAUUCUGUUGAUACUGGCAUUAGUUAGGCAGUGAGAAUUGAAAGAAUCGAAAAUGAUAUUGAAUGUCCUAUUUACAUGUUGGAAAGUACUAGAAUAAUUACUAUCAGUCUAUAGAAAGUACUCGUGGGAACGUUGUUUAGAAAAUGAUCAAGUGGUUAUAACUCUGGUUUUCCCACAGUAAAUUGUACGAAAUAAUAGAAAUUCAGAUUGUUUAUCCACUAUUUAAUAUACGGUGCACGAUAUUUUCUCUGGAAACACAAUACUUUUGUUGCUGUUUGUUGCACUUUAUUAAGUAACAGUUAUUUAGCUACAUAUUUAUAGAAAACAACAACACAAGAAACGGAAAAAAAAGGAAAGAAGGAAUAUAGAAUACGGUAGGACUCGAACCCUGCACCUUCGACUCGACGCGACUACACCUAACUACUACACCAGAGAGGCUAAUUACGUAAUUUUUAAGAAAAGUCUUGAUUUUUUCCUUUUCCAUGAAACUUCCGCCGGCAAGAUGAUCGCCAGCCGCAUUAACCGAGCUAUUAACAGUGAAAAAACAAUGUAAACGCAUAUUCCAUGGCAAUGAAUGAAUGAAAGAACAUAAUUAUGUUUUUCAAAACGCCGAUACACGUCCUCGUCUGCAAAGUAGGACACAAAACACAUGUUUUGUUAUCUCGAUUUCCGCUGUUAUUUUGAAGCGAAUGGUCAAAAUCACUUCCAUUUUCCGCUCAUACAGUUUCUUAAGAAUAGCACUGCAUGACAUUUUCUCACUUUCACAUCACCUUCUAGCAAGCUGAAAUUUGUAUAUCCCCCGUGUUGUUGAGUCGAAGAGCAAAUGCUCAUCUUUUCGUCAGGUUUAACGCCUGGACGAGUCAAAGGCUCUUGAAUUGAAAUCCAAUCCCCAAGUUAACCAUCGUAGUCAUCUGAAAGACUCCUGCGUGUCUUAAAAUUUGGUAAGACCUCUAACCGUGCUGUAGAAAAUUUGUCACAAAGAAAACUCUAAGUCUGAGCAGCGAACGAUGCACUCUCUCACCCACCGAACUUCCUGGUGUUUUUAUUUGAGUUGUUCGUGGCGCAAUGCACUCUGGUUAAAUGCAAUGCAUUGUGGUUAAAACUGUGGUUAAAUGCAAUGCAUUGUGGUAAAAAGUGAUGAAUUCGAGAAUUCGUCGUCCCUUAUAUAUUUCCUUUAAAUCCUGAUUAUGUUGCUGCUCGCUCCCUUCGGUCGCUCCACAGCAAUAAUAAGUAACAUAUAAUAUUGGGGAAGGAAUGCAACCAGUAACAAUGUGUAUUUUGCAAAAACUUCCCUACCAUAAUGAUACAACUCUAAGAAAGUGAUCAUUAUUAUUGUAAUAAAGUUCAUAUGUAACGGGCACUUUGAUUGGUUAGAAAGCAUGCUUUAUGAGAGUAUAAAAAUGGAGCUACAUGUAAAGCUGUCACACCAUCUGCCAUUAUAUGUAGUUCAUUUUGAAAUUACAAGAAAAGUGAUGUGUGGGGAAUUUAAUGAAUUCUUCAUGAGGGGGACAUUAGGGAGUACCCAGUACCACAAAACUGUAAGAAAAACUGUCAAGCACUGAAUUACUGUGUCAAAAAUCAACGAAAUACUGAUAUCGCAUUUAUGAUCGGUCACACUCAUAAUAAUUAACCCAUUCGCCCAUGAGCUGCCCGUAACUGCCCAUGUGGAUCCACAUCCCUUCUAUUGCUUGUGACAUCAUCAGUUUUAAUGGUCAAAGACAACUUUGUCCACUAACGUUUGCAGAGUGAAGAGAUCUUCCAAACCACAUCAGAAUGAGCACAAUUCAGUCAAGGACACUGGAGAAAAAAGCAAAAAACCAUGUAACAUUGACCCUAAAAUUACCAUGAAAAUCUUGUUCCACUACCCACCUACCUUUCCUUUCAGCUAAUCCUAAGAUCCUAAAAGCUUUCCUAAAAACUUUUUCCACCAAAAUGAAGCCUACCAAAUGCCCAGCAAAAGAAAACAAAAAUGAGGCAAGAAAAGCGAAAAAAAAGGGGAGGAGAGAAAGUGAAAAGUAAAAUUCAAGACUGCUGAAAUUUUGCUUUCUGCGCAUACCUGAACUUUGCAAGCUAAUAUUUUGCUUCUGGAUCAGAAGGCUGCGAAGUGUACGACAGGGUUGUCAUUAAGAGCCGGGGGCUGGGGAUUUUCCCCGGCUACUAAGAGAGUGGCUUCCGGCUUCUUUUAUUUGAAAAUAGAAGAAAAAUAGAACCAAAAGAAAUCCCUAGCCAUUUGAUUCCCCGCCUACUUGUUGUAUUUACCCAGCAACUUGAAAUCUUAGUGACAACCCUGGUACGACCUGCAAAUGGCUUUGUGGUAAGUUUUAGCUCUUUAUAGCAUGACAGUGACCAGAAAACCACUCGACUAGGCUGCUUCAAAACGCUUUUUUCCGCAAAAUCUGUAGGGGCGAAUGUGUUAAAGUUUUAUCCAUCUUGUGUGUUUGUUUUCCCCAAGCAUGUACCAGAAAUUAACCUCACCCAUAAUUCAAGAAAACAUGAGAAGACUUUGAAUUUGUCGGUAAACACAGAUUGGAAAGCCUGGUCAUUGGAUGCAACAGCAAUUCCAAUGUAGAUUAACUGUCAGAAAUUGUGUAAUCAUUUACCAUUAUGUCUGAUGCCUUAAAAAUAUUAACUCCUAUUGACCUGAAAAGCUUACUGUGUUGGUGGUGAAUAUUGUAUUGACCUGUGUUAGACAGCAGUGUGGAAAUAAACAGUAGUGCAAUACCGUCAAGGAUCUUCUUUUACCAAAUACAGUCAGCCAAAAGGUUGAAAAACUGCAUACCACAGGGCUAGAUGAUACUGGAGUACCUCACAUUAAAUUGAAAAUUACCAAAAUACCACUUGUAAAAAGCUCAAUACCGUAAAGCCCCAUGUCCCCCUCCUUUAUCAUGAAAUAAUUAAAGAAGCUUUGACUGUACUCUGCUCUGUUGUAAAGCCCUUAGGAAGCAGCAAGAGCACUCAAGAAGUAGGGAGAAACUCUCAACUACUUCUCAUGUUUCCACAACAUUUCUUUCAUACUCUAGCCACCUCCUGCGGGCUUUACAACAAAACAGAGCUCAGUCAAGGCUUCUUUAUUUGUGAAAAUGAUGUGAUUCAUAUUUUUGUUGUUGUUGCAGUUGUUUAACUGCCGUACUCUUAAGUUCUAAUGCUUAUUUUACCUCUGCUUUCUUAUAAAGGGAGCUGUUAGUGUGUUAAGACAAACUUUUGUAGAGAAUGGAUUUCUUGGUCUCUUCCGAGGAAACAGCGCAACAAUGGCACGUAUCAUUCCAUAUGCUUCAUUACAGUUCACUGCACAUGAGCAGUACAAAAUGCUUUUGAGAACAGACAGCAAGAAAGGGUGGGUAGAUUUGUUAUAUUUUGUUUACUACAUACUUGUACAUGUACCUCUAUCAGGGAUACUCAGCCAAAGAAAAGAAGGGAAAGAAAGUCUAGUUGAAAUGGGGUGGGGGGGGGGGGGGAGAUCUAUGCACUUCCUGAUAUUUUGCAACAGAAAAAUAUGGUAGUUUUUGUCUUUUGGCCAGAUGAAAACCAGAAAAAAAAAACAGAAAACCAGAAAACCACUCAAUGAGUGUAGCUUCAACCCACAUCUUUUCACAAAAUCUCUACUGCAGCACUAAAUUUGUUGCAUUUUUAGAAAUCCCUUUUUGUUUGGCACACGUUGGAAUACUUUUCAUCUUGUGCAAAUUUAUUAAAUUUAUUAAAUUUAUGUGACUAGUGGUACCAAGGUCUCAGUCAAAAGGAAGUCCAGGCUUCACCCAGAUGAUGUGAUGCAUAUAUCUAUUGUAGCAUAGGAACCAGGCUACUAUCUUGUUAACAUGACAUUGUUAUGAAUGGCUUGAGGCACUCAAAAUUUUGACUGAUUGCCUGAUGUGCAUUUUGUAUUUCAGGCCAUUACCUCCUGUGCGUCGAUUUUUAGCAGGAUCUAUGGCUGGGAUAACUGCUGCAUUGUUUACAUAUCCACUUGAUUUGAUCCGUGCCAGAUUAGCCAUCACACAGAAAAACAGGUAAUAUUUUAUGCAAGGUGUAACAAAAUCAGGAUCCACCUGCCACAGUGGUUUUGGCCAGUGAACAAGUUAGGUUAUCAAUCUUACUUUUCUGUGAACAAGAUAAUCUUUAGAAAGUAAUUUUGAUUACAUGGUUCUUAUAGUUUACAGUUAGGUAUUUGCCAGAGUAAAACUGAUCGCUGUUCAUAAAAGCAACUUACAUUACCUAACAAAUAGAAAUGGACACUUACAGUGAAGGGAAACAAGCAGUGAAGGGUGAAGGGUGUUCAAGCAGUACCUUUUUAGGUGUAUACCGUUGGGUGGAAUGUUGCAAAGGAAAGUACAAUCAUAAACAUGAGAUCAAGGUAAAGAAAAAGGUAAAAGCCAAGGAAGCCCACAUGGCCAGAGCUUAACUUGGUUCCUCUAGCAUGAAGUACCUUGAAGUCUUGUGAACUCCCACCUUCCCCCGGGUGGAAUGUUACUUCCUUGAGGAAUUACUCAAGGGGUGUGUCACCCAUAACUAUUAUGCACCUAUCAAUGUAAACCCCGUGGGGGGGGAGUAGUGCGGGCAAGGGGUGGGGAUUUGACAAAUUUUAAAAUUUUUCGAUCAAAUUCCCCAGGGUGGGAAACGAAAGGUCAAUCAAAAGUGUCAAAAAAGCCCCCACCCCAGGGGAAAAAAUCUAAACAAACAAUGCUAUAAUACUAUAUAAAAGGAAUAAAAGAACAUUUCAGACACGUUGUUACUACUUUUAUUUACGGUUAACGGAAGCUCCAUUAAAUUACUCGCUGUAAUUAAGUAUUUUCUCUCUCCACUAGCAUCUCUUAUCUUGAACAACAAAAUCACUCCAGGAAGAUUGACCGUGCUAUAUAAUAUUAAUAAAACGUAAAAUGCUUUAUAACAUCUGCUCAACAUGUCGGAACAGGUCGGAUCAGUGACCUAUAAAAAAUCCUCUGACUUUCAUGGUGGAAUUCGAUUUCGAUCGAGUUUUACAAUCAGAUGGGAACUUGAAGAUAAAAACUUCCUCAAAAUAGACAUUAUCUGUUUAGAUGACAGUUUAAAGUAUCGGAUUAUGGCGAUUAAAACAAAUGAAAACUUCGUACCUUUCCCCAACAACGUGACUUUCAGGAAGCCUCGAGGGACGGACUUGGUAACUGCUCCUGAAUUGAUACCAGGCUUCUGUCGGUCAAAGUCAAAUGUCCCGACCCCGGGGUCGCUUCGCACGAUCAAAAGCCCGACAGCGGGGAUAGUCCCAGGCAUCAAAUCCCCUCCCCUUGCCCGCACUUCCCCCCCCCGCUACGGGGUUUACAUUGAUAGGUGCAUUAUACUCUUGGGUGGAAAGUGACAAAGUGAAGAAGAGUUUUUUGUUAAAUAAGGCGAACAAUGCAAUAGCAAGCUUUGAUUUCAAAACUACAAAUGUAAAGUUUGAGUUGUUAAUCGCUUUGCUGCCAUGACUCCACCAUAUUUGACAGCCUUCUAUUAAUUCAGAACAUGUCUUUGUGUUUAGGUACAAAGGACUUAUGAAUAUUAUAACCAAAAUCUACAUAGAAGAAGGAAUCAUAGCAUACUACAAAGGACUACUUCCCACUGUCUUAGGAAUUAUGCCCUAUGCAGGAAUAAGCUUCUUCACAUACGAAACACUAAAGAAGCUCUAUUAUGACCAUUUUCAAGACUCUCGGCAAUUAAAUCCUUUACACAGACUUUCCUUUGGUGCCUGUGCAGGACUUUUUGGCCAGUGUGCCACAUACCCAUUAGACAUAAUUCGCCGGCGAAUGCAGACAAAUGGAAUUUUGGGACCUCCGAGGCCGGAGUAUCGUAAAAUGUGGACCACAGCAAAGUAUGUGUAUACCACUGAAGGAUUAAGGAAAGGCCUUUACAAGGGUCUUAGUAUGAAUUGGGUAAAAGGACCUAUUGCUGUUGGAGUUAGUUUUACUACUUUCGAUUUGUUGCAUGGCUUCUUCCAGAGACGUUUUAUCCAAACCACUGAUGAGUGAGAAGAAGCGGAAUGCUUAACAUGGAAUAUAUCAUUGUACCAUGGAUCUCGAAUAUAAUAAUGAUUAUUUAACAUCUGAAAACAAUGUUUGAAUGGAAGUCAUCUCUCCUCGUAGUUGGCUGCACAGUAAAAGACAAGAACAAUUUUGGAACAAGUCACUUGCUUCAAGAGAUCUUAUGAAGCCUUGCUACCUUGCUCCUACUCAAGGAACGAUGCAAUUGUGACAAGUAAAAUCAAUUAGGCAACAUUGUUUAUUUGCAAAGUUAAUAUGUUUCCCUCGAAAAUGUUGACCAUUUUGCAUUUUGUCUUUCUUGAUGUUCAAUUAAUACCUCUUUUCAAUCAAUUUUUGUGAAGCUACAAAUACGUACGUGUAGUAAACGUUUUAUAAACAUUUUUUUAAGCAAAACAGAGCAGCAUUUAGCAAGACAACAUUAAGGAGUCAAGUUAAGUUUGUUGACUGCCAUUUUGUCAGAGGGCAGUAAUAACUCCAAUCACCAAUGACAAUCACACAGAUCCCUUUGAGAAGUUGAGAAAUCAGGUUGCUAUCCCCGUAGUGAUUUGCGCUGUCUCUAAUUUCAGCCUGGGUCAUGCGACUCUCCAGGGACUCUUCUGGUAGCCUGUUUCGGGCGUUCGGAUAGUAGAGCGCGGGAGAAAAAUUCACGAAGAAAAAAAAAAAGCGGGGAGUUUAGAGGGGGAGGGAUUGCUUUUCCCC